AUGAAGGACAAAGCAGUCAUUAUGCCAUUGGAAUCGCCGGCGAUGCCUUAUCAUGGCGGACCUCAUGGCGAUCUUGAGAGCGCUCCGCGGGAACCGACAUCUGGAACUAUCAAAUGCGACGACGCAAAGACGUGUCGCGGGUUUCCGUCCUUUCUCUCGGGUUCUGCGAGACACGACGACAUCCAGAAGAUGGAAAUAUAUGCUCGUUCCAAACGGCUCGCACUCGGAAGUCUCCUUCUAGCAACGUUGUUCCUGUUGCAUAGCUUUAUCUUGCAGCCAUCAAACUUUCGAUCCUGGCGGUCUUUAUUGCAGUCUACUCCAGAACCGCGGUUUACGCCAAUAUUACCUCCAUCAUAUCCACUUGCCGUUCGAUCGCCGUACCUGUCCGCAUGGCUCCCGAGCUCACAUGUGAGAUCACUGCCCACCGCACAGGCGGAGUUCUGGCAGGGAUCUCCCUUAGGAUGGUCGGUGGUUGUACGCGUUAACGGUACUGCAUACAGUCUCUUUGGAAACCCCGGAAUCGGCACACCAGCCGUGCUCAACAGUGCCGAGUAUAGCGCCACCCAUUCAAUCUUCAAUUUCUCGGCCGACCUCGCGAUCGUCACUUUGGACUUUUUCUCCCCCGUCUCUCCCCACAACAUUCUCCGGCAGUCCUUGCCGUUUUCCUAUCUUACAGUCUCUGUGAGUCUCCCUAGCUUGGGGCAGGUUCAGAUAUACAGCGAUAUCGAUGCAGCCUGGGCUGGUCCAGAUCCUGCGCAGUAUUCGCACGUCACUUCGGCCAAUAAAACGGAAUACUAUGAGAUCUCUCCAGUCUGGCCAAGUCGUCUCCAAGAAUCGAGAGACAGAGCCUUGUGGGGUCAAGCAAUCUAUGGAACUCGUCCAUCUGGCGGCUCAAUACUCACCUCGCAGGUUGGAGAAGCUCCCCUGGUGCGUCAUCGGUUUGCCAAGUAUGGAAACUUGAGUCAGGUCCAGAGCGUCUGGAAGGAUCACGGCGCUGUCCUAGGCUUUUCUCACGACCUAGGCGCAGUCCAGGAACUCACGUCCGUCGCGUUUGCGAUUGGACAUCAUAGGGUUGAGUCGAUCAAUUACCUAGGUCAGGUCAGGACAGGAUAUUAUCGGGCGGCGUAUCCUGAUGUAGCGUCUGCUCUGGUCCACUUUAUGGACGAUUACGGUGAUGCCUACGCAGAAGCUGCCGAUAUCGACUGUGCCGUCACCGACAAGGCAUUGAACAUUUCAAAACAUUAUGCAGACAUUGUCGCCCUCUCCGUCCGGCAAUCGUUUGCCGCUGUGGAAUUCACGAUUCCUGAAAGCGACCACAACGUUACGGACGUGAUGGCCUUUAUCAAAGAAAUCUCCAGCGACGGAAACGUCAACACACUUGACAUCAUUUUCCCUACAUUCCCGAUCUACUACGUGACAAAUCCCGAUAUCAUCAGGCUUCUGCUCGAACCAGUGUUGCGAUAUCUCCAGGCUGGGAGGUGGCCGCGCGAAUGGGCUAUCCAUGACAUCGGCUCUAGCUAUCCCAAUGCAGAUGGCCACGACACAGGGGAUGCGGAACAGAUGCCGCUGGAGGAAUCCGGAAACAUUCUUUUACUCGUCUACGCCUACCAGGCAGCCACCGGUGAUACCACCUGGGCCCGACAGUACCAAGCCAUCCUCAAAGGCUACGCCACCUAUCUGUCCAAGUACGGGUGGUAUCCUGAGUUCCAGCUCGCGUCCAGUGACGAGGCUGGCCCGGCCGCGAACCAGACGAACUUGGCCAUCAAAUCCGCCGUCGGCAUGGUCGCGUACGGAAAAAUGUUCUCGGACCCGUUCUUCGUGGCCAACGGGACCGCGCUAGCAGAUGCGAUUUACGCCUCCGGUCUGGGCACCGACGCCGACAAGAGCCACUUCGUGCUGUCAUACCACGAUAGUGACACUUGGUCCGGAUGCUACAACUUGUUCUCGGACAAGCUGUUCGGCUUCGACCUUUUCCCCUCUGCAGCGUACGAGAUGCAGACAGCAUGGCUGCGUGGUGAAGCUCGCGUCGGCGCUGCGGGCGUCCCGCUCGACAGUCGCGUCGCCUGGACCAAGUCCGAUUGGAACAUGUUUCUGGCAGCUGUCGCGAGCGAUGACGAUGUAGCAGGCCAAUAUAUCAAUGACUUGCAUGCUUACGCCUCGAAUGGUCUGAAUACUGUUCCGUUCGGCGACCGCUACUGGGUCGAGGGCAAUGCGGCGGGUCACUUUUUCAACAUCAAAAAUCGACCGACUGUCGGUGGUCACUUUGCCCCCAUGGCAAUGUUGCACGGCCCGAACUUGUUCUGA